AUGCAGGACAAAGAGAAAGCAGAGCGCUCCCUAAGCCCAGCAAGCCCCCUGCCAGCCGAAAAUGCGGUGGAAGAAGGCGAGAUCUUCACUACUUCGUCCUCAGGUGUCAACUUUCGCAAGGUCGGCUGGUUCAAUGCCACUGUGAUCUUCACCAAGAUCCUUUUCGCAACGGGGGUGCUCUCCCUCCCCUCAGCCUUAUACUCGCUGGGCGCUGUCGGCGGCUCAAUCAGCAUCGUCGCGUGGGGUGUCUUGAACUGUUACUGCUUCGUGAUCCUGGGCAAUUUCCGCAAUGAACACCCGCACUGCCACUCCAUCGCAGAUAUGGCCGAGGUCGCCGGCGGUAUUGUCGCCAAGGAAGUCACCGGUUUACUCUUUAUCAUCGCGUACGUCCUUGUCACAGGAAGUGGGAUAAUUGGCGUCUCGACUGCCCUCAAUGCCCUAUCGCAUCAUGCAGCGUGUACAGUCUGGUGGUCGCUUUUGGCGACAGUGGUUAUUACCGCAACGGCAUCGAUCCGCAAGCUCGAGCAUGUCGGCUGGUUAUCCUACGCCGGGUUCCUCUCCAUCUAUGUCGCCGUUCUGAUUGUCGUUAUUGGAGUGACACAGCAAGAUCGGCCGGCUGCUGCGCCGAAAGAGGGCCCGUUUGAUCUAGGGUAUGUCAGUUUCAACAACCCUGGGUUCGCGGCUGGGAUGGUGGCGUCAUGCACGAUCUUCGUCUCCUCUGCGGGAACCAGUGCGUUUUUGCCUGUUAUCUCGGAGAUGCGCAAUCCGAAGGAGUACAAGAAGCCACUCUAUCUUUGUAUGACAUUGGUGACGGCGUCGUACUUGGCUUUCAGUCUGGUAGUUUAUCGAUGGUGUGGGAUGUGGGUGGCCAGUCCCUCAUUAGGGAGCGCAGGCCAAACCAUGAAAAUGGUCUCGUACGGCGUCGCACUUCUUGGUCUGAUCGUCAGCGGCACGCUUUACCUACACGUCGGCGCAAAAUACGUCUUUGUCCGCAUCCUCAGCGAAACGCGGCACCUGCAGUCUAAUACUCUUGUCCACUGGACCGUCUGGUUGAGCUGCACAACCAUCCUCGGCGCCCUAGCAUUCGUGCUUGCGUCCGCAAUCCCAAUCUUCAACUACCUACUCGCCCUUGUGGGUUCUAUUUGCUUUGCCCCCUUGGCGAUGAGUCUCCCAGGCUGGCUAUGGCUGUAUGACCACGGAGAAUACAGAACGGGAAAUCUGGUGAAGAAGGCUGCAUAUGGACUGCAUGUGGGACUUGUGCUCCUGGGCGUGUUCUUUUGCGUUGGGGCGACAUAUGGCGUUGUAGUUCAGAUUGUGGAUGCGUACGACAGCGGGCUUAUCGGAUCGGCCUUUAGCUGUGCUGAUAAUUCGGGAUCAACUUGA